ACGGUGUGUAUAAAAAGUAAACUAUCUAUGAGGGAAACAGCAGUCAGAAGUGGUUUACUUAGCUUCCCGGAGCUUUCUCCUGAGCUGAUGCCAGUGUCCGAACGACCCAAACCAAGUUACUGUCUAGGAUCUAUAUAAAGCCAUAUUCAGCUUAAGGUCUGGAUCUAGACUGGCCAAUAAACGGACCAGGUCCAUUGCCGCUAUGGAAGGAAACAUAUUACGAAGAGUGCUGGAGGUGAUGAAAUUCGUGGCAAUGGUUAUCUUUUUUCUGCAGUAUACAUCUGCAAAUGCCGACACCACCACAAUAAAUCUCGGGGAAGACGCUAUCACUGUCAUUUCGUCGCCAAACUAUCCAUCCAACUACAAUUCGAACCUCGACCUCAAUUGGGUCGUCACGGCUCCAGAAGGUUACAUCCUCGAGGUACAGAUGCUAGACCUGUCCCUCGAGUCCGAAUACGACUUCCUUUGCAUCGGUUACGGUCUCGGUCCCGAUGAACCCGGUUCCUGGGAGCUCCUGAAACUGACCGGGUCGGAUAUCCCCAGUGGAACAACUACACCCGGUCACACGAUGUGGCUCAGAAUGACAACGGAUGUUUCAAAUGUGGACCAAGGCUUCAGUGUUCGCUUGACAGCAACACCCAGCCCUGGAUGCAGCAGUGGUGAAAUCGAGUGUUCCAGUGGACUCUGUGUCAGCGAAUCUGUGAGAUGUGAUGGAAAUAACGAUUGUUUUGACUUUACUGAUGAGGAAUACUGUCCUAUAUGUGAACAAGUUCGAUUCGAUCCCUGUCGAGAGAACCUGGCCUACAAUUUGACGUUUUUCCCGAAUCGCAAUGCAGAGUCGGCUGAGGAUGCACAAGGAAGCUUCACACAAAUCGCUGCUGCUAUCUCAUCUUGCCACGAUCUUCUGUUCCCGUUCCUGUGCUCUGUGUUUUACCCAGAAUGUCCCCACAACGGCCCAACCCAUCGCGUGUGUUACUCUGACUGUAUGGCAGUCACUGGGGCAUGUCAGGCAUCCUUUGAGCAAGCCCUCGAUCGUCCAUGGCCUGUCAACUGCUCCAUGUUUACAGAUGAACAGGAAGAAGAUGGAAGCUGUUUCGGUCCUUCUGGAGAUCUUCUUGAUACUGAUAUUUGCGGGACUCGCCCCGGGUAUGUCCCGAGCCAAUACAGGAUUGUUGGUGGUAUCAACGCGCGCCGAGGUGAAUUUCCAUGGAUUGGCUCGCUACAAACUGGAAGUGAUGAAAGUGAAUUUGGCGGACAUAUUUGUGGGUCUACCCUUAUCAGCUCCCAGUGGGUUCUUACCGCCGCUCACUGCGUUGAACUCUACGUAGACCGUGUAGUUUUCGGGAACACGUACUUGACGAGUGACUCUGACGCCGAGGUAUCUGUCGAGGUGGCUGACGUUUUUAUCUAUCCCGAAUACGACAUCUACAAUAUCCUUAAUGACCUUGCUCUGAUACGACUUGCGGAACCUGUAACCUUCAGUGACUACGUUAGACCAGCCUGCCUGGCGGAAUCCUCUGAUGAACUUAACGCCUAUCGUCGUUGUUUCAUUGCUGGAUGGGGAAUAAUACAGGAAGGCACAGACCCACUGUCACCUAGCUUGAGGAAAGCAGUCGUCAACCUUCUUGACCGAGAAUGGUGCGAUUCCGAAUUCUCGUACAACGGAACACUGACAGACGCAACGAUAUGUGCUGGUUAUGAAGAAGGCGGCAUCGAUUCUUGCCAGGGAGACAGUGGUGGCCCUUUAACCUGUGAAGGUGAUGACGGUCGAUGGCACCUGGUGGGAGCAACAAGCUUCGGAAAUGGAUGCGCGAGAGAACUCUUACCAGGAAUUUACACCCGAAUCUCACCAUUCCAGUCAUUCAUUACAGCAGUAGUUUCGGGUGCAAUAACACCGGGUGUUUUUGAAAUCAACCUUGAGCGAGGGACACCCGUGACCAUUACCUCUCCGAACUACCCCUCCCCGUACAACGUUGGCGAUAUCAUCGUCUGGAAGGUAUCGGCACCUGUCAAUCACAGCGUCCGACUGGACAUCGUCGACUUCGCUACUGAGCCUGAUUACGACUACUUGUUUGUUGGUGACGGGCUUACACCGCUGAGUUACACUGAGCUUGCAAGGCUAGACGGCUUUGAUUUAAGACCAAGUUUGACGUCACAUGGCCGUCAUAUGUGGAUGAAGUUCAGCAGUGAUAUACUUUAUACAGAGAGGGGGUUCGAAUUGACUCUUAACGCUGUGGAUCCAAGAGAUGAUAAUCCCGUUAUCUUGGUGGAUGAGACUAUGGUUCAACAGAUCCAAUCACCAGACUUUCCUCUUGAACCAAGCAACAACUUGUACGAUGUUUGGCGGAUCAAGGCUCCUCAGGAUUAUAGCGUGAGGGCGCACUUUGAAUUCUUCAAUCUAACCUUUGGGUCUCUUCUUACAGUAGGCCACGGUCCUAGUCCUUUAUCUUCCUCAAUCCAAUGGGAAUUAACUGGGAGUGAAAUACCAGAAGACAUAAUAUCCCCUGGCCAGGAGAUGUGGUUUAGAUUUGUGACCGACAAUGGAUUCACCAGCAGAAGAAAACGAAGAGCGGUUGAGUCACUCACUGGAAAUGGGUUCUUAGUUAACCUCACUGCAGAAAGGACAGAGGAUAUCAAUGAAUGCUCGAGCAACCCGUGUGACAAUGGAGGAACUUGUACUGACCUUCUUGGAGGUUUCCAGUGCUUCUGCCCAGAUGGGUUCAAGGGUGAAUACUGUCAAAGGGAGGUUGACGAGUGCAUGAGCAACCCCUGCCAAAACAAUGCCACUUGCGAAGACAGAGUCAACAACUUCACAUGUAUCUGUCCGAUUGGUAUGACUGGAGUGUACUGCCAGACUGUCGUGGAUCCAUGUUGUGAUGACCCCUGUACAAAUGGAGGCACUUGCAUGACGGUUGGGCUUAGUUAUCAGUGUCAAUGUGCUUCCGGUUUUACAGGUCCACGAUGCGAAACAGUCGUUGUAUGCAGCAGCAACCCGUGUCAGAAUGGAGGCUCUUGUUCACCUAGUGGGGCAGGGUAUACGUGCAGAUGUGCUUCCGGGUACACUGGGCAGAAUUGUGAGACUAUAAUGAUUGGUCCGUGUCAAAGCAACCCCUGUAGUGGAGCUGCCAGCUGCGAGGUAUAUGGAGGAAGCUAUAGAUGUGUAUGCAGACAAGGAUUUACCGGGUACAACUGUGACAUUGAUGUAAACGAGUGUUCAAGUCUUCCAUGCCAGAAUGGAGGUCGAUGUAUCAACGGCGAGGGGCGAUACACCUGUCAAUGUCGUACGGGAUACUCCGGCGUCAACUGCGAACAGGCUGGUUACUGCGAUUUAGAAGGGGAGUGGUACAACGAAUGCAACGACAGGAUUACUAUCACCUUGACAUCUAGUGGGCUUGUUCUAGGAGAAUAUAUGACAACUGAAGAGAUCACUUUAGGCUUCUCUGCACCUACAGUAGUGGUGGGCUAUGCCAACCAGAACAAGGACUUCCCAACCUUUGGGUUUCUAGUCGGUAGAAACAAUGGUCAAUCUACUACCAGCUGGUCUGGUCAAUGUCAACUCUGUGAUGGGGAAGAAGUCCUUUAUACGACUUGGACGAAUACCAUUGAAGCAAACACGUGUUCAGACAUCAAACGAUCUACUCGGUUGGGGCAAGACAGAUGGACCCGAUAUCAGCAGAGUAUAGCACCGCAAAGAAAUAUUUAGCAAAGUUGAAAUCACUGACUCGUAUCCUGAACUCCAUUUUUAACUGUAACAGUGGUCUACGGGUAACUAAAUUUGACUCAAGUCUUCAACAAGUAAGGGUCGAUUUACUAUUUCAACUUUAACCAUGGACUAUGGGUAGCCACAUUUGACAAAUAUAAUCAACAGUUGAUGAUGGUCAAUUUACUACAUUUUAAACUUAAAGCAUGGGUCUGGGUAACCAAAUGUCACUCAAACAGUUGAUGUUCAAUUUAUUACAAAGUUGGAUAUGAAAAAAAAAUUGAAAUUGUCUGGCAGUGGUAAGAAAAACGAAUUACCUUAAAACGGAAUGCAGUAAACAUAAUAGAAAAUAAAAUUUUAACAAAGUUUUGAUACAUUUGGCUUCCCAUAGGUUUAGCAAAGAUUAAGACUGUAGGUUGAUAAAAACCAUUGGUUGGAGUAUGGUCCACCCAGGUAUAUAUGCAAUGUGUCUAAUCUAUUUGGACCAUAAAUAUAUUAUGAACAAGUGGGCACUUCAUCAUUUUUCUACAAAUUAUUGUAACUACCCAGGUCUUUCGGGUUCUUCCGAAAUCGCAUUUUGUUUCAUAUUUUUAAAGACUCCAAAUGGUUCUUGGAAGGUUCUGUCCAUUAAUGAAUUUUAUAAUGUGUAAAUAUUGUUUUUAACCACUUUCUAUCUUUUUAUGAUAUUAUCAUAAUCGAUCAAAAUGGUAAUCCCAUAAUUACAUCUGUCGUGAAAUUCACACUAAAACGUCACGCGAGGUUCACCUAAACCUUAAGAGUCAAAAGGAAGGAUUCUUUGGCCGGUAAAUACCGAAUAUCUCAAAGUAAACACCAGCAAUUUGUUUUUGUUCGGCUUCCAAGUACUUCCUUAAGUACAGCAUGUACAGAAAGGGUCACAAUGAAAAAGUGAAAUAUCUUCAACGAACAAAUCAAAUAUUUCUGUUUACUAAAUGUGUAUGACCAAAUCUUGAUUUAGUAUAGGUACCAAAUUCAAUUUUCAAGUACUGAAUCUUGUCUAGUUGAUAAUGUGAAUGCUGCUUGCGUCACAAUGAAAUGGCUGAUUGCAUAAUAAUACAGGUGAAUCUGCCUGUGUUAACCGGAGAAAUAUGUUCGACUUUGUCAUGAACACAUUGUUUGCAUAUUCUGGUGUGAAAUAAUGCUUCGAGUAAGGUGAUUGAUUUAAAGGGUUACUCCAGGCUGAAAAUUCACCAAGAAAAAUGCUGAAAAUUUCAAUAAAAAUCUGAUUGCAAAUAACGAAUUUAUUGAAUUUUAAAGUUGUGCAAUAUUUUUGGGAAACAGUUAUUUGUACAUCGUCAUGAAUAUUUAUUAGGUGAGCUGAUAAUGUCAAUUCCUCAUGUUAUUAUUUGAAAUAAUAAUAAUUUCAUAAUAUACAUGUAUAUGACAUUCUCCUUAAAGGGGAAUGAAACAUUUGGAAUAAGUAGGAUUGUGUCGAAACAGAAAAAAAUAAAAGAAACAGAUCAACGAAAGUUUGAGAAAAAUCGGACAAACAAUGAGAAAGUUGUAAGCAUUUGAAUAUUGCAAUCACUAAUGCUAUGGAGAUCCUCCCAUUGGCAAUGCGACAAGGAUGUGUGAUGUCACAUGUGAACAACUUUCCCUUUGAUGGACUAUAAAAUACCCCCAAAAUGUCUCUUUUUGCUUUUUCUUAUGGUGAUACGAACUCUUUAUCCAUGAUGUAUUCUUUGAAAAUAUGUAUUACAUGCCCUCCUAUAGAAAGAACAUAUGAUCUACUGAUAGAUGUGAUAAAAGAGGCAAUUUUUUUCCCAUCAGCUUACUUCACCUACUGAAGUCGUUUCUUACCCCUAUUCUCCUGACUUUAAUGAAAAAACUGCUGAGACCCACAUUGUAAAGUUAAAAUGCUGCACUAAAGAGUGCAAUUCACGCUCACUCAUGCAUGGAAUUUCAAUUUGAUAAUUCAUGAAAUUUGCUUUAACAAUUUAAAUUGAUAAUGAAUGACCAUUAAUUCAUCACAACACCCUCAAGUUUGCAAGUUCCAAGGAACUCGCCUCUCAAAAACUGAAAGAAACCGAAAGGCUAAUUCCGGCCCACCCUAAUUUUCAUACCCUUUGUUUAAGUGGGUAGUGCUCACUCAAGCAUGAAUAGAUUUCCAAUAUUUUUGUGUCAUUUGAAAGAUGACUUUAUUGACUUUCCAUAUAUAUAAGUCUUUCCCCAAAAAGUGAUAUACUUUUUAUUUGGCAGCCAUUUCAAAAGUGUAUAGUUUUUUGGGGGGACGCACUGUAGAUAGUUAGAAGAGUUGUCGUUAGUAUCUGAUUACUGUAUGGCUUGUGCUCUGUUAUGUAGGAUUUAUAUUUUUUUUUAAGUUUUUAUGUAUGUGUGGGUGUAUUAAUGUAUGUAUGGAGAAACUGUAUGUAGUAAAAUAUUUGAAAUAAAGUUUGUAUAACGGCG